AAUUCAGUUUGGUAGCCUGGUGGUUGUUGUCAUGUCAAUCAUUGUUGAGGCCACCUGCCGCUGUAUGGAAGCUCUACCAAAUAGUUCAAACAUUGUAGCGUAACAGAGUAGUGCAAGUAUUGGAGAUGUUGAAAAUAGAAGAGGGAGUUCCAAAUCGGAAAUAACACUUGCCAACAAACCAGCAUGGCUAGACUUUACCGGCAAGGGAGGACAAAGAUGCGACGACACAAGGUCUUUCUCUUCGGCACAUUGGCCUUGUGUGUCCUCUCCCUGCUGCAAUACAGCAAGGCCCUCCACCACAUGCUUAUGCUGAGAGAGCUGUAUACCUCCUCCGUCAACCUCGAGGCCCUGGGCUUCCUCUGGAGAGGGAAUGUUCGCUCAGGGAUGAAGCCUCUCCCUGGGUCUCGACCCUCCGACACAGGCCUGUGGGAACCAGGGGAUGACCAGGGGGACCAAGGGAAUGCAGAGGUGGAGAGAUGGAUUGGGCAUGGCGGUGAGGACCCGUGGGGUAGGGAGCAGCCUGACUCAGGGAAUGUAAACAGAAUGACGGUCACUCUCCCAGACCCCAAAGGACCCUGGGGGGAACUUCACAAACGGAGCUUCCGUCUUCGCGAUGACCCCACCCCGUUCUUUGCGCGCACCAAGUCUGGAGCAUAUUGCUUCCGAGAGGGGACGGAAAUGGCUUUUCUCAAAGACGACUCAGGACAAACAGUACAAGCAGCACGAGAGGGCCAGCGUAAGAUACUGCAUGCACAGCAAGAGGAACCCAAGUCAGCCCAGGGGAAAUACACCCGGGGGAAAAGGCUGGUGAAGUGUAUAUGUCGCCAAGGCUGGCACGGCCCUCACUGUGGCAUCCCCACCAUGGUGCAACACUCCAACCUGCCCACUAAGGGAAGUCUGAUGCCCAGGAUGGUUCCACGGAGGGUCAUCAACGCCAUUAACAUCAACCACGAGUUUGACCUCCUCCACGCCCGCUUUCACGAGCUGGCCGACACUGUUGACCUCUUCCUGGUGUGUGAGUCAAACUUCACGGCCUAUGGAAAUUCCAAGCAGCUGCACUUCCUACGCCUCCUGCUUAACGGGACCUACAACUACAUGCGCCACAAGAUCCUCUAUGUCUUCCUUGAUCACUUCCCUAAAGGUGGCCAACAGAACGGGUGGAUCGCUGACGACUACCUGCGGACGUUUUUAAGCUAUGACGGGAUGUCCAGAGUACAAGGUGCCAGGCCGGAUGAUGUCUUCCUCAUCAAUGACGCAGAUGAGAUCCCGGCCCGCGAGGGCAUCCUCUUCCUCAAACUCUACAAUGGCUGGACGGAACCUGUGUCCAUCCACAUGAGAAAGUCCCUUUAUGGUUUCUUCUGGAGGCAGCCUGGGACCCUGGACGUCCACACCGCCUGCACUGUUGCCAUGCUUUUUGCCGUCUACGAUGGAGACGGGAUAUCACUGAGGCGCAGGGAUUACUACUCCAUGCCGGGUUUCCGGAACUAUCAGAGGGAGAGUGGACACAUCCUGGUGCAGUGGUCCAUUGGCAGCCCCGUCCACUACGCAGGCUGGCACUGUUCCUGGUGCUUCAGACCAGAGGGAAUCUCCCACAAACUAAUAUCUGCCCAGAAUGGAGACUUCCCCCGCUGGGGCGACUACGUGGAAAAACGAGACCUGAACUACAUCAAGAGCUUGAUCCAGACUGGGCGAUGGUUUGAUGGCUCGGUGGGGGAGUACCCACCCACAGACCCUAAAGAGCCUAUGUACGCACCCAAAUAUCUAUUAAAGAACUUUCCGCUGUACCGCUACAUACUUGAGAACCCAUAUGUCUGAAUCUGGUAGAAAACCGGUAAGGAUUAUUUUCUCAUUGUUGAUUUCAAUGGAAGGAUUUUUAACUUCAAGGUUGUUGUCUGAACACAACUAUGAAACCUCCACCUAUGCCUCUGAUUGAAGGGCAGGCCCUCCACUUCCUGUCUGAAGAAGAAGUAGCUAGUGGUUGAGAGGGAGUGUAAUGAGUGACAUCUGAGACUCAUUCUAUCCGAUUCUAUCCCUUUUCAAUCACAAUAUUUAAAUGAUAGUUCAACAAUCCUCAAUGACAAAGGCCCCUUCUACUCCAGAGCAUUCAAGGACCGGUAUACGUUUGGGACUUUUGUACAGUUCCUAACUGUAGACGUGAUGGCAGACAGGUAUAUAUGUACAAACGAUCUAUCUGAUGAUGGCCAAUGGCCAGUGAUACUGUAGUUUUCCCUCAGUCAGAUCAACAAUGUGCUUCUAGUGCCACCAGUUUUGCAUUUCCAGAGACCUCUGUGAAGAAAGAGACCUGAAAAACGAUCAGUGCACUUUUCUGUGGUGGUGGUAAAACUGUGUUACUGUGCUGAAAUGGUUGUUUCGAACAACACAGGGAAAUAUAGCAGGAAAGGGAAAGUCAGUUUUAUAUUGUUUAAUACAAAUUCAGGUUUCGUCACUAAUGUGGGCUUGUCUUAAACGUUGCUUAAUUCGACUACACAACUUUCUCAUAGCCUUCUUGUAAACAGAUUGUGUAUGGCUUACAGGUGAAUAAAUGUGAGGCCAAAAAGAACAUGUCAUUCGAACCAUGGAAUCAGGCCAAACAAUUGUCACAUUGCUUUUAGACAUUUCUGUCAUUUGUGUUCAUUGUUCAUUGAGAGAGAAAAUUCUUGAGAAACAAAAUCAAUUUCUUCUGCUAUGGUCUCGUGAUUCACAUCACGUCUGGUAAUUCAAUCUGUUCUAGACACUCAAUUUGACAUGUAUAUAAGCCAACGCAUUGAUUUCCUUGGUUUCGUCCUUAAAAAAUGGAUUCCAAUUCUUCAACAACCAAAUAAUGAACAUGAUAAUAAUAUUCCUACAGAUCUUAGGGACAUAUCCCCUGUCAAUAGGAUGUAUAGCAAUGACAAUUAUUCAUGUAUUCAUGCUUAGUUAAGAAACAACAGACUGUCUGCCAUCAAUCGGAUCAGCCUUGGAUACGCUGCAAGUCAUUUGUUCCUACCCGAAUUACAAUAGAGUCACUGAGAGGCCUAUUCAACAGAAACCAGUGCGUCAACAAAACAAAAGCAAAAUGUUUAUGUUGUGAAUAUCUUAGUUUGUUCUUGUUUCGCACUGCAGACCAUGUUUUGUUGAGUAGCUACAGGAACCCAAACCUACUGCCAGUAAAAACAGUAACGGGAUCACAUGAAUUUUAUUUUUAUUUUAUUUUUUUAUUUCACCUUUAUUUAACCAGGUAGGCUAGUUGAGAACAAGUUCUCAUUUGCAACUGCGACCUGGCCAAGAUAAAGCUUAGCAGUGUGAACAGACAACACAGAGUUACACAUGGAGUAAACAAUUAACAAGUCAAUAACACAGUACAAAAAAAGGCGAGUCUAUAUACAGUGUGCAAAAGGCAUGAGGAGGUAGGCGAAUAAUUACAAUUUUGCAGAUUAGCACUGGAGUGAUAAAUGAUCAGAUGGUCAUGUACAGGUAGAGAUACUGGUGUGCAAAAGAGCAGAAAAGUAAAUAAAUAAAAACAGUGUGGGGAUGAGGUAGGUGAAAAUGGGUGGGCUAUUUACCAAUAGACUAUGUACAGCUGCAGCGAUCGGUUAGCUGCUCGGAUAGCACAUGUUUGAAGUUGGUGAGGGAGAUAAAAGUCUCCAACUUCAGGGAUUUUUGCAAUUCGUUCCAGUCACAGGCAGCAGAGUACUGGAACGAAAGGCGGCCAAAUGAGGUGUUGGCUUUAGGGAUGAUCAGUGAGAUACACCUGCUGGAGCGCGUGCUACGGAUGGGUGUUGCCAUCGUGACCAGUGAACUGAGAUAAGGCGGAGCUUUACCUAGCAUGGACUUGUAGAUGACCUGGAGCCAGUGGGUCUGGCGACGAAUAUGUAGCGAGGGCCAGCCGACUAGAGCAUACAAGUCGCAGUGUUGGGUGGUAUAAGGUGCUUUAGUGACAAAACGGAUGGCACUGUGAUAAACUGCAUCCAGUUUGCUGAGUAGAGUGUUGGAAGCAAUUUUGUAGAUGACAUCGCCGAAGUCGAGGAUCGGUAGGAUAGUCAGUUUUACUAGGGUAAGUUUGGCGGCGUGAGUGAAGGAGGCUUUGUUGCGGAAUAGAAAGCCGACUCUUGAUUUGAUUUUCGAUUGGAGAUUUGAUAUGAUAUGAGUCUGGAAGGAGAGUUUACAGUCUAGCCAGACACCUAGGUACUUAUAGGUGUCCACAUAUUCAAGGUAGGAAACAUCCAGGGUGGUGAUGCUCGUCAGGCAUGCGGGUGCAGGCAGCGAUCGGUUGAAAAGCAUGCAUUUGGUUUUACUAGCGUUUAAGAGCAGUUGGAGGCCACGGAAGGAGUGUUGUAUGGCAUUGAAGCUCGUUUGGAGGUUAGAUAGCACAGUGUCCAAGGACGGGCCGGGAGUAUAUAGAAUGGUGUCGUCUGCGUAGAGGUGGAUCAGGGAAUCGCCCACAGCAAUAGCAACAUCAUUGAUAUAUACAGAGAAAAGAGUCGGCCCGAGAAUUGAACCCUGAGACAAAAGUGAGUAAUUUAUUAGUAUACUUUAACUUAAAUUUUGAGUAAUUUAUUACAUGUAUUACUUUAUUAAUCAUGCACCUUUAUUUCCAGAUAAACUUACGUUAGGAAGGUUAAGACUGCUGUUGACUGUUGUUAAAUCAUGUCAUGUCAAUGUGGACACUUUUGUUCAGAAUUAGCCUUAGCACUUCCUUGUCUUGGGAGAAUGACUUUGGGAAUAAGGAGAUAAUAAUAAUUGAUUGGUGUAUUGACAAUGUUUCUCUUGGGAAUCUGAUGCUUCGUUAAUUGAUGCUCUGAAUUGCAGUUUGCACAUAUUCUCUCACAGCCUUUAAAACGACUUACUCUGAACUCUGAUACACCUCUUGUUUCUCAACACCUCUCGUUCCUCAAUCCAUGUUUUGAUUAUUCGUGCACUCAACUUUUAUCUCCCUCUGCCCUAUUGUGUGUGUGUGUGUGUGCGUGCGUGUGUGUGUGUGUGCGUGUGUGCAUGCGUGUCUGUGUGAAUAUGUAUUUUAUCUUGUUAGAAAUUAUUUGUAAGAUGCCACUUGUCAAUAUCUUUCUAUCUGGAGUCCACAUGAUGAAAAGUGGGACUUCCACAGUGGCUACAUUUAAAGGCCAGAAUCUCAGGAAUAUUAGAGAAUGGCAUGUGAAUGGCAUGAAUGGCAACUUUUCAAACUGCACUGUUGUUUAAGGUCCACAGCAUGUUUACAGCAAAAAAAAUGCUUUGGAUGUUGUUGACUUUGCUUUUGUAGGGGGAUUUCUUUUGUAAUUUCUGGAUGGUGUCCAAUAUUUCUUUGUACAACUAUGAGGUACUACUCCUGUGUUCUAACUAAAAUAAAUACAUUUUGAAGUGAAAAU